AUGUCUAUCCGUGUCCUGAUCAAAGAUUACCCACACCGCGCAAUCGCCCUCGCGACCUCGACCCACGCCCUCGUCCUCCGACACAGCUCGUCCACCACCGAACAGUCGGGGAACCCCAAUGCCUCGUCCACGUCACUGGGGAGCAAUGGCGCCGGCGUCGCGCGCUGCAUGGUCGAGUUCACCCGGCUGGAGGAAAUCGAUCUAGAAGACUACCGCGCGCUGCAUUCGGUCAACGUACACGGCACACUGGGCUUGAUCACCGUCAACAGCGAUGUCUUCCUGGUCGUCGUCAAUGGCGCGAGCAAGGUGGCGACAGUACGGCCUGGCGAGACGGUGCAGAGGAUAUACUCGGUCGGCUUCUACUGCCUGACCAGCACAAGCUACGAUACCCUGCUCAACGAUGAAGUCAAUCCCUACCCCACGGAUACAAUCGAUGACGAAGGAUAUGAGAUGGGCUUCGGUGGCAGGAAGGAGCAAUCGCCCAUGGAACACCCGUGUCUGGCGCUCAAGAAGAUACUCAGCAGUGGAACCUUCUAUUACAGCUCAGACUUUGACCUCACCAGACGCUUACAAGACCGUACAACCGAUGCCGCAACCGUUUCUAUCGACAGUCUAGACGCUGGCUUUCUAUGGAACUCAUACAUGAUCCAGCCACUGGUGGACUUUAGGAGCCGCCUUGCGCCGAGGGAGAAGGACGCUUUGGAUGCUUCGGGGAUCUUGACAUCUGCCAUCCGCGGUUUCGCACUCACCAUUACGAUUCCCAAGUCUUCGGCCCCCAUCAGGGUACAGGAUUCAGGCAUGCCGUCGUCCAUGACGCUCAUCUCAAGAUUAUCCUGCAAGCGGGCGGGCACAAGGUUCAACUCGCGAGGUAUCGAUGAUGAUGGGAAUGUCGCAAACUUUGUGGAAAGCGAAACAAUAUACUGGGCGCCGUCGGGAGCUUGCUUCUCUUAUGUGCAGGUGCGAGGAAGUGUACCCAUCUUCUGGGAGCAGCAGGCUGGUCUCCUCCCAAACCAACAAAAGAUUACCAUCACCCGGUCGCCGGAAGCUACACAGCCCGCCUUUGACAGGCACUUUGAUAAUCUGGAACUUAGCUAUGGCACAACUCAUGUUGUAAACCUGCUGAGCAACGAAAAACAAAACGAGUUAGAGUUGACGCAUAGAUAUCGCGGGCAUAUCAGGAAUAGUCCGUUGAACCAAGGAAGCAAUCUUAACGACCGACAGCAUGACCUCAUCAAGCUUACGGAAUAUGACUUCCAUGCCGAGACACGAGGACCCGGUGGCUAUGAGAUGGCUAGCAUGAUUGCUCAGUGGAUCCAAGGUUCUGCUGAAGGAUUCGGGUACUAUCUCUCUGAAGAUGUGGAGGAAGUGGCCAGACACAAUGGAGAAGACUACGCUGUCCGCCGGACGAUGAGCAUACUGCAGCAGGAGGGGGUCUUCCGAACAAACUGCUUGGAUUGCCUCGAUCGAACAAACCUCGUGCAAACCAUCAUCAGCAAGAUGGCACUCGAAAUCUUUUUGAGCCACAAAGGCCUUCGAGCCAGUCAGGACUUCUGGGUCAGACAUUCAAGUAUGUGGGCAGACAAUGGCGAUGCUCUUUCAAAGAUCUAUGCGGGAACUGGAGCGCUGAAGUCCUCAUUUACGCGAUCUGGAAAGAUGUCGCUUGCUGGUGCUCUGGCAGACGCUCGUAAGAGCGCCACCCGAAUGUACAUUAACAACUUUGCGGAUAAAGGGCGACAGAACACCAUCGACAUGCUCCUUGGAAGACUGAUUGGCCAGGUUCCAGUGCAUCUCUAUGACCCGCUCAACGACUAUGUGGUCGCAGAGCUUGCGCGACGAUCUGCGGAGUAUUCAGAGACCGAGAUGAUCAAUAUUCUUGUCGGUACAUUCAACUUGAACGGAAAAACGAGUGGCAUAAAGAGCGAUCUUUCGCCCUGGCUAUGCCCGGAUGUCGAUCCAUCACAACAGUGCCCCGAAAUAGUAGCUGUAGGCUUUCAAGAGAUUGUCGAAUUAAGCCCUCAACAAAUCAUGUCGACAGACCCAGACAGACGCGAGGCUUGGGAGGAAGCUGUCAGAAUGUGUCUCAACAAGAAUGCCGAGAAGCACAGAAAAGACGAGUAUGUUAUUCUAAGAGGUGGCCAGUUAGUGGGCGCGAGUUUGUCGGUCUUUGUCCGGGCCGACUGCCUUACACAUAUCAAGAACGUCGAAGGCGCUCUGAAGAAGACUGGCAUGUCGGGUAUGGCUGGCAACAAAGGAGCCGUAGCUAUUCGAUUCGAGUAUGCCAAUACUUCAAUUUGCCUCGUCACGGCCCAUCUUGCGGCUGGUUUUGCCAAUUACGAAGAGCGCAACCGCGACUAUAAGACUAUCAGCCAUGGCCUACGCUUUCAAAGGAACCGAUCAAUUGAAGACCAUGACACUGUAAUAUGGCUCGGCGACUUCAACUACCGGAUUGGCUUGAAUAAUGAGAAGGUGCAACGGUUGUGCCAUGUUGGUGACCUCGAGACCUUGUACGACAACGACCAGCUUAAUCUGCAGAUGGUAGCUGGCUUGACCUUUCCGUACUACUCCGAGGCCCGCAUCACUUUCCCGCCGACUUACAAGUACGAUCUCAACAGUAACCAAUACGAUACAUCCGAGAAAGCGCGCAUUCCCGCUUGGUGUGAUCGUGUACUUCGCAAGGGUGAUAACAUCCGACAAAUCCACUACAACGAUGCACCACUUCGUUUCUCUGACCACCGACCGGUCUAUGCUACGUUCCAGAUACUGGUCCAAAGGGUCGAUGAAAAGAAGAAGGAUGCCAUGAAGGCUACUUUGUACAAACAACGAAGAGAAGUGGUUGGCGAUACCCACGCGGCAGGCCGUCUGGGUGAUGAUGAGACGGACGACGAAGAUCUGCUUGGGUACGAUAGCAUUGAGCCAGGAUUGCCACCUGCAAGCUCAGAUCGGAGGAAGUGGUGGCUCGACAACGGUUUACCAGCGAAAGCACGCGUGGAACCGCCAUCUAAUAACCACUUUCCAAACCCGAAUCGACCCAGCAAUCCGUUUACGCCUAGUCCAGAGCCAGACUGGAUAGAUGUUCGGCAUAUGCCGAGCAGUCGCAGACCCGAGCCACCACCAGCACGCGGCUCACAGAGAGCACGCACAGUCGACUUCAACGGCCCCUCGACCAGUUUACCACCAACGCAGAAGCCCGCGGCUCGUAAGAUGAUCGCUCCGUUGUAUCCGGGUCAUGCCACUCAAAUCCUCGGUUCAGACGGUACGCGAGAUUCGCUCAGCGACCUCCGCCGCAGCGGCUCAAGCGCGUCUACACACUCCCUUCCCAGCAGCCUACCUUACCGCGCAUCAAAUACGCUGCCCCAGACACAAUCCUCCAGUAAACCACAAGUCCUCCGCAAACCAGCACCACCACCAAUCCCCAACAAGAAACCCGCUCUCCUUUCUAAAGGUUCUUCUCCAGGACCAACCUUCGCACCCCCUCCACAACGUUACCGUGAUGAUCCCCCGGAAGAAGAAUCGAGGGCAUAUCCUCCGCAUUCAACCAGACGCUCAAUGGCGCCGCCUCCUCAUCUGACCAGGAAACCAGUGCAAAAUCUUAUUGAUGAUGACGGUGACAAGCCGGCAUUGCCGCCGCGCACAGGAAGUGGUGGGAGCAGUAGGAGGAAUUUGAUGGACGAUGAGCCGGACGAUAUGCGUAAUAUGGGGGAUUGGGAGGUGCUUAGACCUGUAAGCUGUGCGGGCGGCCGCAAGAAAGCAAAGGGCGCCGAUGGCCAAUCCACCAAGGCCACCACUGUUAAUGCUACUCAUCCAGUCCUACAACGCCUCUAUCCCGAAGUCCUUACUCUGCGCCAGUAUCUGCUCUCUCGGCUCCCAAGCUCGUCGAAAAACAGGUACCGAAAGCUUUCGCAACUUGGACAUGCCAUACCGGCUGGAGACAAAAACACCGCGGACGACCUUGACAAUGCCGUUGUGCAGUUGCUCGACUCAGCAUUAGUAUGCACUUCAGGCGUUCUACCAGAAAAGGACAAAACAACGAGUUUCAGUGAGGAGCGUGAAAAGGAUAUCGAAGCAUUUACCCAGCAACGAUCGCAAAGCACUCCGGGCGGUACCUUCAAGCCGGGAUACUACAGGCAAUCCGAGGUAGGUCAUACGAAGCAUCGCCUCUUCAUAGUGUUCCGCUCAAAGAGCUACGACUAA